AUGCAGGGCACCGGUGUCGCUGGGUUCCCGUCUGGAGUUGAGUCGCAGCUUGGUGGGCCCGAGGAACCAGUGCCUUGUGUGCUGGCUUGGGCGAUGAUAUCAACCAAUAUCGGUACCGUCGCUGACAUGCAGGAACGGAUGGGGCUCGGCGCCCAGAACGCCAAGCUCACUGAUGCGCAUUGGCGCUGGCACAGCCCCCGCGGCACCGAGAAGUCUCGUCCUCUGAUGGGUCCGGAAAGGAGGGAUGUGUGGCAGAUCCGACCACAGAGAGGGCCGCCUGCGCACGUUUCCGAGACUACCAAGCCGUCCAGCGCGCGCGCAAAUGCCUGCGGGAGGGUGCUGCCAAGCGGCUACUCGCCUACCGUCCCGCGUCAUGCCUAG